CUCGCUUCACUUCCUGCACCACAAUCACAGCGAGGCGAGCAGAAAGCUUCGUCCGGACCAAGAAUCUACGACGCCGUCUCCCAUACUGCUGGGGCUGGCUUGAUCUGACCCGGUAGCCCCCUGGAAUCAAACGCGGUGGUUGGCCUGAGCCAGUCCUCUUUACAGCAGCCAGUCACGCACCUCGCUGCAGGGUCAAAGUACGCCAAGAGUGCCGCAAGAGUUCGUAGAGGUCACAUGACCUGGACGCUGAGAAGCUGAAUCUCUGAGCCUGAGCAACAAGAAAGGGAGUUUAAAUUCACACCGUCACACGCGUGAUCCCGUCUCUCCCUAGAUCAGGUAAAGGUUACCUGUGGUCCAUUUCUGUGUGAAUGCGGUGCCUGUCACCCUCUCCAGCCGAUGGAGUUUGCUUGUAGCCAUGUGGUGUGCAACUGGAGACCCGAGAGUGCCGUGUCAGGUGCCGGCCAGAAUCUCACAAAUCUCAGUUGGGAGACCAGCUCCAGCUCCUCAAGGCCACGCUCCGUCUGCGAACACGACUAUGACAACCGCGUAUCCGUCCUCCCCAAAAUCGAGCCGCAACUCCUACCACCACCCCUCCCACCUCGGCAGUCAUUGCCACAGGUGCAAACUUGCUGCAGGCCCAUGCCACCCCCUUUGCCCCCCCGAGGGCUGGAAGCCAAAGGCGAGACUCGAAUCAAGGCCAAUGUGAACGUUCUCUCCCUCAGCGUGGGUCGUCUCGUGGACAUCAGCAAAGCCAAUGCCAUCCAUUGUACACGGAGCCCGCUGUAUUGCUCCAAGUGUAAAGCCGCGAUGUCAUCCCUGAGCAACCUGCAGAGCAAGCAGAACGAGGCGGUGUGGUCAUGUGAGUUCUGUGGACAGGAGAACAAGCUCACUAACAUGGACCCAGGGAUCAGGCACUUCUCCCGCCAGACUCUGCCCGGGAGGGACGUUCUUCACCUGACGGAGGACAUUGACAAAGACUACGUCAACCUGGAGGACAUGCUAGUGGUCUUCUGUGUGGACAUAUCUGGGAGCAUGAGUGUCACCUUUGAGGUUACUGCUGGCAACAGUAUGAGGUCUCCCACAUAUGUGUCCAGACUUCAGAGUAUUCAGGACGCCCUGCAGAGGGCGCUGUCCUCAUUGUUCCAGACAUCUCCACGCCGCAGGGUGGCUCUGGUCACUUUUAAUGACGAGGUAACUGUAUAUGGCGAUGGCACUGGGGUUCCGCUCACCUUGAGGGACUGGUCACUGGUGGACUUCGAUUACCUAAAGGACCAGGGAGAGAAGUAUUCCACUCCCCACUGUAUCCUGGAGUCCAUACAUCCCCUCACCCAGAAGAUCAAGGAAAUGCGAGAACAUGGAGCCACGGCACUGGGCCCAGCAGCGCUCGUCUCCAUAGCGAUGGCUUCUCGAUAUACAGGCUCUAAGGUAAUCAUAUGCACAGACGGGCAAGCUAACAUCGGCCUGGGGGAACUGGAGCAAGGGUCUCCCCACACCUCUACUUACUCCCCAUAUUUCUAUAGCCAGCUGGCCAAAGAGGCUGUGAACAAUGGGGUCAUAGUGUCAGUGCUGACCUUUGAGGGGACAGACUGCCGGCUGGCCGAAAUCGGGCGACUGGCUGACCUCACAGGGGGCAGGGUUAACAUUGUGAACAUCAAUACAAUAUUCACCGAGAUCCAGUCAGUGCUGGCGGACAACGUCAUGGCUACCGAUGUCACGGCAACACUGCUGUCAGCUGACGGCGUGUAUUUCCCUUAUGAAGAGGGGUCGACACACAAACUGGUGAAGAAGCUCGGCAACGUGACGGAAGGAGCUGAGAUCACAUUCCAGUUUGCCGUUAAACCAGAGAGCAUGGAGGUUUUUCAAAGGAGGGACAGGAUCCCUUUCCAGCUGCAGUUGGACUUCAGGACGCGGGACUUGCAAAGAGUGAAACGCAUCGUCACAGAGCAGAGAAGAGUCACGACAAGCAGCUGGGUAUGGGCAGGCAGCCUAAAUAUGGCAGUGCUGGGGGUCCACUGUGCCCAGUUGUGUGCCAGGCUGACUAUGGAGGGACGAGUGCUGGAGGCACAGCGGCAACUGAAGGCUCAACAGGACCUGCUAAAGGACAUCAGUGAACAGAGGCCCAGGCCCAAGGAAGAAAGCAUUUAUGGGAACUGGAUCAGCACCAUGACCAUGAUCUGUGAGGAUCUGUCAGGGGGGAACAAGAGAAGCUCAGAACCCAAAGGCUUACAGGCCAGCUCAUCUUCCCCAAUCCAGCACUUGUCAGAUGAGGCGGCGAAAGUGGUGUACCAGAUGAAGCGAGCAAGGAGUGUGAGCGCCCGGAAGCAGACCGCAGGCAAUCUGGAGAUGUGAGCACGGCCGUAGGAACUACGCUGGGAUUACUGAACACCGUGCCCAGAAUACCCAUGGAAAAUGGGUAAUGCAUGUGUGUGCAGGGAUCCAAAUCUAAUCUCAAAAACUGUACUGGCCUCUUUAACUGCUGUCCACAGAGCAGAAACUGCUUUACAUACAGCUAAUAACUGAAAGGAAACUCAUCAUAUAGUCUAGGAAUACAGCACCAGUUUGG